AUGUCCUACAGUACUGACUCUUACGAUCAGCGAGACGCCGGUCGCGAACGCUCGCCGCGUCGUCGUUCCCGGUCUCCUCGUCGAUCUCGACGCUCAUACUCACCUCGCAGCCGUUCUCGCAGCCGCGACGAGUAUCGCCGUUCCGACCGUCGCUCGCGCUCGCCGACAGGUGGUGGUGCUCAGGGCACGGGAGCAUACAAUACGUACGGAGCUGGUCGUGGAGCGCCCCAGCGUGGACCAGAGGAUCGUUCAGCAUCAAAAGACAAUAUGAUGCAAAACAUCCGCGAAUCAUCCCAACAAGACCGUCGUGUCUACGUGGGCAACUUGAGCUACGAUGUGAAAUGGCAUCAUCUCAAAGAUUUCAUGAGACAAGCCGGCGAAGUCUUGUUCGCAGACGUAUUGUUGCUGCCGAAUGGAAUGUCAAAGGGUUGUGGCAUCGUGGAGUAUGCAACACGGGAGCAGGCUCAAAACGCCGUGUCGACGCUCAGUAACCAAAACCUUAUGGGUCGCCUGGUGUACGUUCGCGAAGAUCGAGAGGCCGAGCCUCGUUUCAGCAACCCCGCGCCUGGCGGACGCGGUGACUUCGGCGGAGGCAUGCGCGGUGGAUAUGGAGGUCCCGGCGGCUAUGGCGGUCCUUCCGGUGGAGGAGGAGGUAGACAGGUCUAUGUCGCCAAUCUUCCCUACAACGUUGGCUGGCAAGACUUGAAGGAUCUUUUCCGACAAGCCGCUCAUACCGGAUCCGUCCUGCGUGCAGACGUCCAUGUUGCCCCCGAUGGCCGCCCCAAAGGCUCAGGAAUCGUCGCAUUCGAGACUGCUGAGGAUGCCCGAAACGCAAUCCAGCAGUUUAACGGUUAUGAUUGGCAGGGCCGCAACCUCGAGGUCCGCGAGGAUCGCUUUGCAGCUGCCGGUGGACCCGGUUUCGGCCGUGGUGGGUUCGGCGGCGGCGGUUUCGGUGGCCGUGGAGGCUUCGGAGGACGUGGCGGCUUUGGGGGUGGACGCGGUGGAUAUGGAGGCGGCUUCGGGGGGCGUGGAGGAUUUGGAGGUGGAUAUGGUGCCGCUGGAGCUGUUGAUGCUAAUGCGGCGUCCAAUCCUCCAAAUCCGUUCACGGACUUCGCUACUUCGGGUGGAGAACCAAGCAAUGUCAUCUACGUUCGAAACUUGCCCUGGUCCACCAGCAACGAGGAUCUUGUUGAGCUUUUCACUACUAUCGGCAAGGUUGAGCGUGCCGAAAUUCAGUACGAGCUGAAUGGGCGUUCUCGUGGUACUGGCGUCGUGGAAUUUGAGAAGGCCGCAGAUGCCGAGACUGCCAUCGCUAAAUUCACCGGCUAUCAAUACGGAGGUAGACCUCUCGGACUGACUUACGUUCGCUACAGUAAUCAGAGCAAUGGCGAUGCCAUGGAGGGCACCGAAGUCACUGGAGGCCUGACCCAAGACCAAAUUAUGUAGGCUUGACUGGGGAUGCGGAGGACCAUAAUCUUUGGAAUAUAUCCUACAUCAUCUCUUAGGAUAAGGUCGGGCCGUUCUUAUGUCGGAUGCAUUUGGCCUAAGGUCAACCUCCUCUGAGCCUACUUUCUCCUUAGUCAACUUUUCUCUUAUUUCCCGUAACUCUCCGAAAGGCUGUCUCCGCAGGCGUAGCUCAAUGGGGUGCUUUCGCCUUGACAAUCCUCGGUAUUCAGCGGUGGUCCAGGGUUUAAAAAUUUCAUAAUGUACUCUAGAUUGCAGAUUCAAAGGAAGUGAGCUUCGGCAUUAUAAGAAUGCAGACAUUCACCUCCGGUCUCAGCCUUCUUCGUUGCUAUUU